AAAAAGGCCUUGAAAAUGAAAAAUAGUGAUUCUACUUCACGGUACAGAGCAUUUUCUAUCACUGCAUCCAUCUCAUAAUACUUCUUCAUCUUUCUUGCUGUUCAACCAAACUCCAUCGUCAUCAUCAACAAAUCCUACAUCAUAUGAACAUUAUUUGAAAACAUCGUCAGAGCUGAUCAUUUUGCAGAGACUUGUUCAAUGGACAGCCAAGCAGACAAGACCCAGAAACAGACAGAAACAGAGGAUCAACAAUGCCAACAACGUAGUUCAUCUUCUUCUUCCCCUCCUCCUCGUCUAGAUCUAAGUCUCUCUAAUUACUCCUCAUCUGAAUCCCCCCAUGGCAGGAUCUUCUCCUGCAACUACUGUCACAGAAAAUUCUACAGCUCGCAGGCACUUGGGGGACACCAAAACGCACACAAGCGUGAGAGAACUCUGGCCAAAAGAGGACACAACAACGACGUUGGUGGUUCUGCUUCACAUGUUUCUGCAGAUUUUGGACAAAGGUAUUAUUAUUCAUGUAUGGCUUCUCUUCCUUUGCAUGGCUCCUCCCAUAACAGACCACUCGGGAUUCAAGUUCAUUCCAUGAUUCACAAGCCCUUCUCUACUUCCUCUCUUCAACCACGUCGUUUCCAGAAGAAUCAUCCAUUAUUCGGGGCUUCCUAUGUUUGGGCAGGAACUGAAUCAUCAUCAGCUUCUUUAACUUCUGGGACUCCAAAGUUUUCUCCAAGGCCUGUCACAGAGGAACUUCACAAACUUGACUUGUCCCUCAGACUGUGAACAGGCACACUGUACUGACAUCACAGUAUAUGCAAUGCUGAAUUGUAAUUUUGAAGUCAUACAGAGACACAUUUCCAACAUUUUAUGUAAUGUUUCAGAUACUUUAAAUGCAUUCAGGCAAAUAUCUGAGGUUGUGUUCUGGAA